CUUACUGACAGCAAGCAAGAGCAGCUUGUAUAUACUUUGAACUUGUAUAUACUGGUAACGCGUGACAUUAUUUACACGGCAAGUUUGUAUAGAAACACAGGAGUAACACACAGAGUUUGUAACUUUUCACAUGAGUGGCAUAAACAUAGCCAAAGUACUUGAAUGUACUAUAUUUAUAGUCUUAUAGAGACACAAAAACACACAAAGCUAGAUUAAGUAAUUCAAUAGUCUUUAGGCAUAAAGCCACACCUACUUCACCUGUUCUUAUAUGUUUAUCAACAAACACUCAACAUACAUAUUUCUAUACUUAUUCACUUGCUGAUGUUCCACAUGAGGAUAUGGGGUCGGAAGAAGAACUACUGAAAAUUGGAAGAAAGCUGGAGAAGAGAGUCAAUGGAGGCAGUACGGACCAUAUUUUGGAUCUGCUAAAGGAACUACAGAGAUUUCAGAUGACUGUUCCUCUUUUGCGGAGCACUAGGAUUGGCGUGACUGUGAACAAGCUGAAAAAGAGGCAUGAUGAGCGGGAAAUUGGAGAUCUUGCCAAAAACCUCAUCAAGGCCUGGAAGAAACUGCUCGACUCCUCAUACAAAGAAAAAACAAAUAAGACAAACACCCAACUGGAAUCUCCCCCUCGUGCAGAAAUGACCAGGCCUCAUACAUCUCCACAAAACAAGCUGCAUCCAGAAAAUCCCAGUGGAUUCCCUGACAACUUUCUCCAACCAGAAAAUAAACCACUCAUCUCUAAGGAUGCAAAACGUAAAAGGAGACAUUCUGCUGAUAUUCAGUCCACACCAAAGAAACAAGAAAGGAGGUUAUCACUCAGCUCUUCAGCCUCAUCCUCUUCUUCCUCUAAGAGCAACAAAGAGGAGAGGAGGCAAUCGCUUGGUUCCCCCACUGUGGCAACUCCUAAAACACCCAGCAAACCAGUUAUUGAUGACAAAGAUUACAGGAGUCCAGCCCCAGUCUCUUCUUCCUCUAAGAUUUUCAGCAACAAAGAGGAGAGGAGGCAAUCUCUUGGUUCCCCCACUGUGACAAUUCCUAAAACACCCAGCAAACCAACUGACGACAAAGAUGAACGGAUACUUUCUCUAAAUUCUCCCAACCAAGCAGUCCAUAAAGCAAAUGUAAAACCAAGAACUGACACUAGAGAGGAAAGGAAACAUACGCUGACAUGUCCAACUCCUGGAGCUAGCAAUCCAUCCAGCAAACCAACAGCAGACCACAAAAAGGAAAGACGACACUCUGUUAGUUCUCCCACUAAUACAGCACACACUACCUCCAGCAAACCAGUCACAGGCCACAAAGAGGAAAGGAGACACUCUCUUGGGUCCCCCAGUCAUGGAGCUCGGAACGGAUCUAGCAAAACAGUAAAUUACACCAAAGAGGACAGGAAGCACUCUGUUGGUUCCCCCACCUCUACAGUUCGCAAUGGAUCCAGUAAACAUGCAACUGACAGCAAAGAGGAGAGAAAGCACUCUGUUGGGUCCCCCACCUCUACAGUUCGCAAUGGAUCCAGCAAACAUGGAACUGACCGCAAAAAGGAGAGGAAGCACUCUGUUGAGUCCCUCAUCUCUACAGUUCACAAUGGAGCCAGCAAACCUGUGGCUAAUAGCAAAGAGGAGAGGAGAAAAUCUAUUGGAUCCCCCACACCUGCUUCUCGCAAUGAUUCCAUUAAAUCAGAGAAUGAUAUGCGGGAUGAGAGAAUUUGUGGGGGGAUGUUGAGUCCCCUAGGUGAUAGCAGCUCUCCCCCUUCUUGUUUUAUGUUGUCUUGUUACCAGACAGGAGACUCUGUGAGGGACAAGUGUGUGGAAAUGAUAACAGCUGCUCUGAAGACCGAUGAUGAUUUUAAACAAUUUGGAACAAACUGUGAUCUACUUGCAUUUGAAAUUGAAGAAAGUAUAUACAAUGAGAUGAAGGUCACUGACAUGAAAUAUAGGAACAGGGUCAGGAGUCGCAUCAGCAACUUAAAGGAUCCAAAGAAUCCAAAUCUCAGACGGAAUGUUCUUUGUGGAGUGGUGACCCCCCAAAGAAUUGCAAUAAUGACAGCAGAGGAGAUGGCCAGUGAUGAGCUGCGGGAACUCAGGAACACUCUAACACAAGAAGCCAUUAGGGAGCAUCAAAUGGCAAAAACUGGUGGAACACAAACAGACUUUCUACAGUGUGACAAGUGCAAAAAGAAGAACUGCACCUACAAUCAGGUGCAGACCCGCAGUGCUGAUGAGCCAAUGACAACAUUUGUUUUGUGUAAUGAGUGUGGUAAUCGUUGGAAGUUCUGCUGAUCCAUGACUUCCAGCAUUAGCUACUAAAUGCUAUACUGUGACAUACUGUAUCUCAAGGAACAGGCUUUUAGUGUUACCCCUUGAUUCACGUUUCUUAUCUCAGUGUUCUACUUAUGAUUCUUUAUCAUGCCCUUUCUUAUUCACUUCAAUCUCUCCAGGAAAACAUUACCUACUUACUCUUGGCUCUCGUAUA